AGGGGCAAUUCUGCCCGCACACUUUUUGGGCACUCUCUAUGAUGCUUUUGCUGGCAACCGCAGUAGAAGAAACCUUUCCCAACUGGGUUUCCCACCCCUUCCAUCUCCAACUCCAACUUCACCCUUUCCCGGAAAAUGCACGCGAAAAUAUCUCUCCCCACUCCCCCAUUUUAAUCCCCCAAUGCUUCACUAUAUAUAUAUCUCAUUCGUAUCUUUCUCGGUGGUGUCUUUCAUACGCUAAUCGACAUUUGUUCAGUGGUGCAUACCUUAAUCAACAUAUGGAUUUGGGGAAAUUUUUGUUUUCGGAUCAGUUUGUGCCCAGGAGGAAGGUGGUUUCUGGGUUUAGUUUGGGGGUUGUGGCCUCUCUCGUUGUUCUAAGCGUUGUGUUGCUGAAUUUCUCUUCCAAGGCUCCAUUGCCGAGCCCAGUUUUUCCAGGCCUUAACAGUUUUCGUGGGAAUACUACUACUCUUCUUUAUUGGCCUUUCUCUUUGUCGACUUCUAGUGCCUUCUCUUCUUCUUCUUCUGCUUCUUCUUCUACUGAAGAGCUCCCGAAAUUUGUGUCACUUAGUGAAAAGGAGAAUAAUGGAAGCUUUGCCAUUGAAGAAGGAAGGAUCAAGCCAGAAGCUCAUUCUUUAAAUGGGUCAGAUAUUCAUGGAAAUUUGAAUUUUACGGUCUCUAAUGGGGAAGGAGCAGUUUGGGAGAGAACCCACCUGAGAAAUUCAUCUGAGACAGGUGGAAAUUUAAGUUCUCUUAGUAAACCUGCUGGUUUUUCAGAGAAUUCUAGUAAUGGAAAGAACAAGGUCAAUGAAAGUGACAAUGUGGGCAAUCACUUCUAUAGUAGGAGCAAUGUUGGAUCCCCUGGAAAAGAAGAAUGGCCUUCAUCUAAGGAGAAAAACAAUAAAGAUUCUCAAUCUAUUGAAGGGCACAAUGGUUCCUCUGAACAGUGUGAUUACUUUGAUGGUGGAUGGGUGAGAGAUUAUACAAAGCCAAAUUAUCCAGCAGCUUCAUGCCCUUACAUUGAUAGGGAUUUUGAUUGUCACCUUAAUGGGAGGCAGGAUGAUGGGUUUUUGAAAUGGAAAUGGCAGCCUCAUGGUUGUGACAUCCCGAGUUUUAAUGCAACUGACUUCCUGGAAAGGCUCAAAGGGAAGAAGCUGGUGUUUGUGGGUGAUUCGCUUAAUAGAAAUAUGUGGGAGUCUCUUGUUUGCACUCUCCGUCAUAGAAUCCAGAAUAAGAAGAGGGUUUAUGAGAUAUCUGGAAGGAGAGACUUCAAAAAGAAGGGUUUCUAUGCAUUCAGAUUUGAGGACUACAACUGUACUGUGGAUUUUGUUAGCUCUCCUUUUCUUGUGAGAGAAUCAUCUUUUAAAAGAAGAAACCACUCUAUCGAAACACUACGAUUGGAUUUGAUGGACCGGACAACUGCAAUGUAUCAUGAUGCUGAUGUCAUAAUCUUCAAUACUGGGCAUUGGUGGACUCACGAGAAGACCUCCAAGGGUGAAGAUUACUAUCAGGAAGGUAAUCAUGUAUACCCAAGACUUAAGGUCCUGAAAGCAUACAAGAAGGCAAUCAGCACUUGGGCCAGAUGGGUUGAUAAGAACAUAGACGCAAGGAGAACCCAGGUUGUCUUUAGAGGAUAUUCAGUCACCCAUUUCAGUGGAGGCCAGUGGAACUCAGGAGGGCAGUGCCACAGAGAAACUGAGCCAAUCUUCAACGAAACUUACUUGGCUAAUUACCCUUCAAAAAUGAGAGCUCUUGAGCAUGUGCUUCAAGAAAUGAAAACUCCUGUAAUAUAUCUCAACAUCAGUAGGCUUACAGAUUACAGAAAAGAUGGUCACCCUUCAAUUUACAGAAAGCAAUACAAGACAGUGGAAGAACAGAUUGCUGCCGAGCAGUCCCAAGAUUGCAGUCAUUGGUGCUUACCUGGAGUGCCUGAUACGUGGAAUGAGUUGCUUUAUGCUUCUCUCUUGCAAACUGGGAAAGGGUCUUGGCGAAGAAGCUGAAAGAGAUCUCACUUACAAAAACUUCUGCGACAUACUUUUCAACGGCCAUGGACAAGAAACCGUACCAUCGUUGGGAAGGGAGGGAGUUUUUGCAGGCAACUCACAGUGGUGUGAUGCAACAAUUGUGCAGAGAAUAUUCACCUUUUUCAAUUACACUGUAAAACACUGAAAACAAUAGCCAUCAAGACUCCUAUCUCAUCAGAGUUCCAUUGCCAUUCUGUGACUUGCCGGUUUGCUAGGCCCUCAGCCUACUCGGAUUUUGAUGAUGAAGCUCUGGCUAGUGGCAACAGCUUUGAUAACAAGGAUGAGGUUCUUUUGUUUGUUGGAGGAUUACGGGUUAAGUUGCGGAAAGAGUUUUUUUUUUUUUUUUU